AUGGCGAUUGUAUCAACUUUGGGGUCCUGUCUGCCCCUGCUCGCUCUCUUUGCCCAGCUUGUUCCUGUAAUGGCAACUGUGACACCGGUAGUAUCAUGCUCAGAAACUACAACACAGUUCUUCAAGAAUCCAAGUUUUGAAGACGGAGUUGCUGGCGACUGGUCUAUCACGAAUGUGUAUCCGGAUUACAACAUCGUCAAGGCCGGUACAUCCGACGCGAAGAUGACUGCUGAGGAUGGACAGUGGUAUCUACAGACUUAUGGCUACACCAUUACCGGGCUUGAGAUUGGCAAAACAUAUACUGGCUCAUACUAUAUCGAUGUUUCCCUGACGUAUCACACGGCUGGUUGUUGGAACUAUGCUUAUCUUGACGAGGCUUCCUCUGCCCACCAGAUCUACCACAGUCUCAUAACUAUACAGCAAUCAACCAGUAGCUGGAAGAAGCAAUCGUUCACAUUCACACCGACCUCUACUACCCACCAGGUGAUAUUUGCUCUUGACUGUGGCUCUAGCUAUCACGGAGACAUGUGGUACAUUGGCUGGGAUGACUUCGAAAUCACCGGCCCUACCAGCGUCUGUUCUACUUCUUACUCAACUGCCCCGACUCCGACACCUACGCCGACCCCUCGCUCUUCAUCACCAGUUGUAACUGCGUCUUUGUCGUCUUCGUCUGCUGUUGUCUCGGCAUCGCCCUCAGUUGUCGCUUCAGCAUCUUCGUCUGCUGUUGUCUCGGCAUCGCCCUCAAUUGUUGCUUCAGCAUCUUCGUCAGCUGUUGCUUCAGCAUCUUCUUCCGCUGCUGCUUCAGCAUCUUCUUCCGCUGUUGCUUCGGCAUCUUCUUCCGCUGUUGCUUUGGCAUCUUCUUCCGCUGUUGUAUCAGCGUCUUCUUCCGCUGUUAUCAGUGCCUCUCAAUCCUCAUCAGCUGCUGUUCGUCCUUCGUCACGUCCGACACGUCCUUGCACAAGAAAGCCUACUGGUUCUUCUUCUGCCGUGGUACGCCCGUCAUCUUCAGCUCGUAUUUCCAUUCCGUCCUCUAGACCCACGCGGCCUUGCACACGAAAACCUACUGGAUCUUCGUCCACCGCCGUACGUCCGUCAUCAUCUGUUCAUGUCUCUAUUCCAUCAUCUAGCCCUACGCGUCCUUGUACGCGAAAGCCUUCUGGCUCUUCUUCUGGUGCCGUACGUCCAUCAUCUUCAUCUCACAUCUCCCUCCCCUCACCACAAUCUACUCGUUCCUGCUCACGGACUCCCGGUUCGACUUCUGCUGUACCAGCGUCUUCAUUGCCAGCAACAACCAAGUCUUCGGGGGUCUCCGGUCCAUCUUCGAUUACAACUACGGCUAGCAGUUCUUCCGGGACAUCUUCUGCAUCGGGGAUUACGAACGAUGGCUCAGUUACCACUUCAUCAGCUGUCAGCACUCAAAUCUCAGGCGAGCCUGGAGCCGGUGGCUUCACUACUUCAACCGUCUUCUCAACCCGCACAGCAACCAUCACCGCUUGCCCAACCACUGUCACCAACUGUCCUGCCAGCCAACGCACAAGCUAUAUUACUACCGAGAUCAUCAUCGUGUCUACUACCGUGUGCCCUGUUACUGCGGUGCCAACAUCAACAUCUGGUGCAAACCCGGGCACAGGUUCAAGUUCAGGCUCUGGCUCCAACAUCGGUUCUGGUACUGGCUCGAACUCAGGCUCAGGUUCAGGCUCAGGUUCAGGCUCAGGUUCAGGCUCAGGUUCAGGCUCAGGUUCAGGCUCAGGUUCAGGCUCAGGUUCAGGCUCAGGUUCAGGCUCAGGUUCAGGCUCAGGUUCAGGCUCAGGUUCAGGCUCAGGUUCAGGCUCAGGUUCAACGUCAAGCUCAGGCGCUGGCACUGGUUCCGGCUCCAGCUCCAGCUCUGGCUCCAGUUCAAGCACAGGUUCCGGUUCUGGCACUAACUCAGGAUCGAGCUCAGGUGCUGAUUCUGGCUCUGGUUCUGGUUCAAGCACUAGCUCUAACAGUGGUACUGCAUCAGGAUCAGGAUCUGGCUCUGGCUCUGGUCCUGGCUCAGGAGCUGCUGGUGCUGGUGCUGGUGCCAAAUCAUCCAGCAAAGCCAUCAGCGCAGCUUCUUCAACCGGCCUCGCUACGUCAACAUCCUCUGUCAAGAGUGGAGCGUCGUCCACUACCACCGCAAAGAGCCCGGUCUAUACUGGGGCCUCAGCGUCUCGGUCGUCAUUCUUUUCUGGUCCCGUCGCAGUUAUCGCCUGUGGAUUCGCGAUCGUACCACUUCUCACUUAG